AUGCAUAUUAAUACUUCCUUCAUCUUAUUUGGUUUAUCUAGGGUGACUGAGGAAGCUGUCAAUGAAGGUGACAGAAAAUUGGGCGCCGAGAAGCCCUUGGUGGAGGAAGAUGCAACAGAUGGCAACAAGGAGAAUCCUAAGAAUGAACCUGAAGAAAAGGAACCUGAGGAUAAGGUGAAUGUCUGCAACUAUUGUAUUGGAUGUUUCUUGUUGAUAGAUAGUCAUUUUUCAUCGGUUUGCUGUGUUCAAUAA